AUGGAGGAGCACCUGGAGCAGCAGGCCGCAUCGCUUGUGGUGUCUGUUUCAGGCUGCAUCUGUGAGUUUCAGACUGUGGAGGUCCAGUCUGGUGAAGAUGUCACUCUGCUCUGCUCUAACUUAACCAAAGAUCCUUCUCAGACUGACUGGUUCAGAGUGGUCAACAGCUCCAAAGUCAGCUGUAUCUCCUCCAUGUUUGGUUCUGGUGGUGAUCCUUCACUCUGUCGUGGAUUUGAAGGUGGAAAAUUUGCGAUGAGUUCCAACAGAAGCUUUGUGUCUCUGAAAAUCAUUGGAGUGAAUGAGUCUGACUCUGGACUGUAUUUCUGUGGAUUCUAUGUAAAGAAACAUACAAUCAUUGGAGAUGUUACACAACUGAUCAUUGAAGAGGAACAUGCGAGCAUGGACCUGCUGACUGUGAUCCUGGCUGUUCUGACUGUCCUCCUCUCUGCAGUCGUUGUUGUUCUGGCUGUAAAAUUCAGGAAACUUCUCACAGGUAAUUUCACCUUCAUCCUGUCAGCUGCUGGAAAACUGCUGGAAAUAACGAAUAAUCUGGACUCGGAUGAUCUGAACUACGCUGCUCUGAGUUUCCGGCAGAAACCAAAGAGAGGCGGCAGGUCUCCAUCGGAAAGAGAGCUGCAGCCACAUGUGCUGUAUGCUGCCACUCGGUAGAGUCAGGAAGAAGGUGGAACUGCAGCUCAGCUUCAUACCCGAGUUGUUUGUGUCUUUUUUUAUCUGUUCACUUUUUUUGUUUUUAACCUCAAAGUUUGUUUAGUGUCUGUUUGAUGUUAAAGAACAAAGACUCAUGUCACUGUACAUAGGCUAUAAGGGGGGAGGGGCCUCUGUUGCUUUGUUGUUCUGUUUCAUUUAGCCAGUAUGUCAUUGGACUGUAAAAAAGUUCAAACAUUUUCAACUCUUCUAUAUUAAAG